AUGAAGUUGAAACUGAUAGUGAAUGGUGGUGAAGCUCCCGAUGAUUACAAACUGCUAAGAACAACUGUGUCGACGGUCGCUUCACUGAGGAAAACGGCCGUGUUAAGGUUUACCAGUGAACGAUUGCUGAUAAUAUCCACGCCUCGAUCAUCUUCCAGCGGUAGUACUCUUUUGCAUGGUGAUACGGGGCAAUUAUGGUGCACUAUCCCACGAGACCUGUUUAAGCUGUACACUGUAGCCUCUGCUCGUGAACUGAAUACAAUCACCAUGGAGUAUAAAUGUGAUUCAUUGAUUAGCGUAUUCAAGCGCUAUGAUCGAAUAAUGAGCCAAGGAUGCUCAUCCGAUAUGACUAUUAAAUUACAAUCGAUGCCCGAGUGGAACGUUGGACCGGCAAUUGCAAACCCUGGCGGCAUCAAAGCCAACCCAGUCUGUGCUUUGGGGAUCACUUUUGAAGAGCUUCUUCAUACAUCUAACGGGGGAAACGAUAAUGAGUACGAAGAUGGUUCGACGAAUUAUGGUACAAAAUUCACAAACAAUAAGACAGUCUUUCAUUCUUUUAAGAUACCAGUCAAGCUCUUAUUUAAAGCACAGGAUGCUCGAAUACAAGAACCUAUGAUCAAUUAUGCGCAAUUGAUGAUGUACAAAUUACCACCAUACUCUGGUGAAUUUGGGGCUGGAUUCUCGAAUUUCAUUAAAAGGGUCGAUCGGUUCACGAACGUUCGACAUAUAAGGCUGAGCGGCUUGAAACGAGAGAACGAAGUUGGGAACGAGGAUGCGCAAUUGAAGAUCAUUGUCAAUGAACUGGACUGGAACUUAGAGAUUUGUUGGAACGGUCCAUUGGACUCUGUUAUGCAGCAAACGACCCCAAGUCAAACGGAAAACGAGCAAGUGCAAGCCGCUGAUGAUGACUUAAGGAUAGAGGAUAGUACGAUGAGUGGUGCCAAUCCACAGGAUAUAGAUGUUGAACUAGUAGAUGUCUCAGCAAUGGUACAACGUGCGGAGCAAGAGAACCUUUCUGUGAAUGAAGUAUAUAUGCGAUGCAGGGAUUGGAAAGUUUGUCACAAGUUAUACGGAGCAUUUGAAGAAGUAGUGUUGGCUAUUUCGCAUGACGAAUCGUGCGUAUUGCAUUGCUCAUUAGACCGCGGAGGUUCUGACGAAGGUGAAGAGGUUGGUGAAGCUAAGGAGAGGGGUCAAAUCAUAUACUAUAUUGCGAGAUCAAAACCGUUAUAA